ACUUGAGCCGAGGAGUCGAGAUCGAAUGAAASAGGGAAAGAGUUUUGGAGGUAUUUCCAAUCGCCUACAACCCAAAUUGCUACAGACUUGCUCCMCGGUACCUCGUACUACCAAGUCAAUAUAUCAGCAAUAGAAUCAUCAGUACGAUGUCGACCGUUGAAGGAUUGAAACCAUUCUUGCUCCUGGGUGGCUACAAUGCUGCCGAGCUCUGGUGGACCACCAAUUUUAUCCUUCCGACAUGGUUGCUGAUGGCGAUGGCGCCUCGAUGGAAACACAUGCCCACUCUUACRRUUGUUUCCCCGAUCUUUCACGCCGCCRUCUACUCCCUCUCGAUCAUUUCCGUGAUGCUGGAUAUGGAUUUGAACGACGAAAAUGCUCCAGACGCGACCAGUCUCCUCGGAGUUGUAACGCUGUUCAAGAAUCCCAACGUGACGUUCGCUGGCUGGGUCCAUUAUCUUGUAUUCGAUGCACUCGUCGGCCGAUGGAUUGUAUUGGAUUCCAUCGAGCGAGGAUGUAGCAUUUGGGUUCACAUUCUAGCUAUUGUUCCGAGUCUAUUUCUAACACUCAUGUGUGGUCCAGUAGGCUGGUUGCUCUACGUUGGUGUGAUCAGGACGUUCUUGCUGCCGGUGAAGGAGAACGCCGCGACCAGAGCAAAGACUGCGUAGAGCAGGCCAUUGAAUAUGUCUUUCGAAUCAGAAAUGUCCACUGUUGGAAGAGAUUUGGUAGGACGCAGUUUAUCUUUUGCUAUUUCUAAUAGAUAAUGGACAAAAGGUUACGAAUCACAGGGUGUCGAAAGUUGCUAUAUUUCUUGGAUAUGCAGAAAUUGGAGAAUGCACAAACGGCACACCACAAGUAGAAUCUUCACACGACAUCUUAAUAUAUUGCGGGGCAUUGUAUUUUCAUACUCUACGAAGGUGAAAAACCUGCGGGAUUUCGUAAUACAAUGCUUGUGUACCGCAUGCGUUCUUGAUGAGAAACGGCGAGACUCCAACCACAUAACGAAAACCUUAAAAUU